GCUGCGGGCAGGCGCGCGGCUGGCGCGGCGAGUCAGGGGCGCACGGCCGCGCCCCCAGCUGCGGAGGCGGCGCCGCACCGCGCGCCCUGCGGGGAGAUGGGCCGCUACUCGGGCAGGACGUGCCGGCUGCUCUUCAUGCUCGUGCUCACCGCCGUCUUCUUCGUGGCCGAGCUGGUCUCGGGCCACCUGGGCAACUCCAUCGCGCUGCUCUCCGACUCCUUCAACAUGCUGUCCGACCUGAUCUCGCUGUGCGUGGGGCUGGGAUCCGGCUACAUCGCGCGCCGCCCCGCGCGGGGCUCCCGGGCCACGUACGGCUACAGCCGCGCCGAGGUGGUGGGCGCGCUGAGCAACGCCGUCUUCCUCACCGCGCUGUGCUUCACCAUCGCCGUGGACGCCGUGCUGCGCCUGGCCCGGCCCGAGCGCAUCGACGACCCCCAGCUGGUGCUCAUCGUCGGCGCCCUGGGGCUGGCCGUCAACGUGGUGGGGCUGCUCGUCUUCCAGGACUGCGCUGCGUGUUUCGCCGGCUGCGGCCGCCGCCGCCGCCCGCAGCAGCAGCCGGCAGAGCGCGGGGCUCACGGCGCUUUCGCGGGGCCGCAGGGCGCCGAGGGCGGGGGACGCGCCGCCUCCGCGACGGCCCCCGGGGCCUCGGCGGGGACGCUCAGCGCGGCCGCGGCGGAGAGGAAGUCGGAGGAGCGGGCGACCGUGUCCUCAAACGCAGCAGGUGAUUCCCUGAACACCCAGAAUGAGCCAGAGGAGAUUGUGAAAAAGGAGAAGAAGUCCGAAGCCCUGAAUAUCAGAGGUGUACUUCUGAAUGUGAUGGGAGAUGCCCUGGGGUCGGUGGUUGUGGUCAUCACAGCCAUCAUAUUCUAUGUGCUUCCUCUGAAGCCCGAGGAUGCAUGUAACUGGCAGUGCUACAUCGACCCCAGCCUGACUGUCGCCAUGGUCAUCAUCAUUUUGUCAUCGGCCUUCCCACUCAUCAAGGAGACCGCUGCCAUUCUGCUGCAGAUGGUCCCCAAAGGAGUCAACGUGGAAGAGCUGAUGAGUAAACUCUCUGCCGUGCCUGGUAUUAGCAGUGUACAUGAGGUGCACAUCUGGGAGCUUAUAAAUGGGAAGAUCAUUGCCACCCUGCAUAUCAAGUAUCAGAAGGACAGAGAAUAUCAGGAUGCCAGUGUCAAAAUUCGAGAAAUCUUCCACAAGGCGGGAAUCCACAAUGUGACCAUCCAGUUUGAGCAUGUGGACUUGAAGGAGCCCCUGGAACAGAAGGACCUGCUGCUGCUCUGCAGCUCACCCUGCAUCUCCAAAGCCUGUGAGAAGCAGCUGUGCUGUCCCCCCAGGGCGCUGCCUCUGGCCCACGUCAAUGGCUGUGCUGAGCACAAUGGCUGUCCCCCUCUGGACCCAUACCAAAGAGAAACCACAGACGUGGCUAUCGAAGUAUCUCUGGAAGGCUGUCUGAGUGAGCACGGACAAGCUGUCAGCAAAACUCAGGAGGACCAAGGUUAUGCCAGCAGUACACAUUUUUAACCUGGCGCCCCCUAAACAGACUGUAUAGAUGAGGCACCUUGGAAGCACCAGCUUGGCUUGUGGAGGGAGCUGUGUGGGUGGUAGGCCCUGCCCAAGUCUGCCGUGUGCGCUGUCCGCGUUCAGUAGGGGUGGGUUGGUUGGGAUAUUAGGUGAACGUGUCUUCAUUUUUAUGUCACUGAGAACCCUUUACAUUGUCCUGGGUGUCUUCUGCUGCUUUUCCUCAACCGUUUUAGUUUGGACAUUUUGGACAAUUAUUUCCUGAAGCCAACUGAUCUUGUAUAUGUAUCAGGGACAUUGAACACUGGGACUGAAUGGCCAUGGACACAGGAUUCAAAGUAGUUUAUGUUUUAAACUGAUUAGAACUUGUAGCUGACUCUCAGGUGAGCUCAUAGCCAAGUACAUCAAAAAACUUUAAUAACCAUAAUAGCUGUUUUUUUUCCCCAACUCCACUAUAAGAUCAUAAAAGAGGAAAGUUAGGUAAUUCUGUCACUGCAGAAAAUUUUUUUGACUCAUUUUUGAAUAAAUAUCAAAUAAAUACCCAUGAAGUUGGAAAAUACUCUCAGAAUAUUAGAAGAAGUACAGUUUAAUGGCAGAGGGUAGGAGGAAAAUGCUUUUUGACCACCUCUUGGUUUUAUGAGGUGGAGAGAAAACUAAUGUGUACUUUUUGCUGUGAACUACAGCUAUAGCAUGUUUCAAAUGUUUAAAUAUAUAGUAUGCUUUUUUUUCACUUGGAAGUUGGGGAAUAUUUCUACUUCCGGAAGUAUGACAGAAGUUCGUACACACUGCCUUUUAGAGUCAGUCCAGUUGGAACUGUCUUCAUUUAUUGCUUAAUAAUGACUUAGUUGUUCCAGUUUCCUUUGAGUCUUCUUUGAUAUGAUCACAUUGAUCAGUAUAGCAUUUACCCGGAGAAAAUGAGUAUUCCUCGAAUAUAUGACAUUGAGUAUUCAUUCCUGCCAAAAAGUAACUAGAUUGUCUUUUCUUUAAUUAGACAUAUUUUAAGGUAUUUAUUAUAGCUGCCAACUAGUAACUUAAUGGGCAAAUGUGCAGAGAGAAAUGAGAAUUUAAUUGCUGCCUUCAAUGUAUUUUGAAGAGUUUACACUUUUUUGUAUGUCUCUGACCCAUAUUACCAAGUUCAAAUAAAUGUGCUAGAAUCUAGUUUGAACCUGUAACUAACCUAUGUUAGUAUUGAGGACACAUCUGCCAUGUAUUUAACAAAUUGUUUAAGCAGCAAUAUUUUAAUCAGAACAGUCUCCAAAUAGGUAUGAGAAAAUUGGAGGUGCCUUACUAGAGAACUAGAAUCUUCCUUAAUGGGUUGUAAAAUUGAAAGUGAUCAUCUCAGACUGUAAGUACCAAGUCCUCUUUAGAAUCUGCACAGUACUUACCAGAAAUGUCGGGUUGCUAAUGGAAAAAACGCCCACAUUUUUUCAGCACAAACACCGCUUAAAAAAGGUGGCUUUCUUAAAUUCUAAGUCUGAAGUAAGUAAGCAACUAUGGUCAGUAGGAUAGGAAUCUUUUCAUACCUCAAAAAUGUAUUAUCUGAGUUUAAAUUGGCCAUAAAUGAGGUAAAUAGAAGAAUACCUAAAUAUGUUUUUAUCCUUAGGAGUAUAUUGGACUAGGCUAUAUAUAUACUAUGGAGCUAAGAAAGGGGUAAAAUUUAAGAAAACAUUUUUAUUUUUAAUGUUAAUAUUUUGUCAUGUACUCAUAAAAAACAGGGCCUCUCUAUGAAACACAUCAAGGUGAUACAUGGACCAAAUUCUUCUGGAAUAAUUGUUGGCUUAGAUGAUUUGGAGUGAAAGAAGAAAUUUGUCUCAAUUCCAGAUUUAAAAGUCUAAUUUGAUUUCUCACCAUUUUGCUUUUAUUAAAAGAAAAAAUUACAAAUCCAUCAUUUUUGUUCAGUUGGCUAAAGGAUUGCCUAUUAGUUUACAUCCAAAUAGUGUUCUGUAAAUUUAAUCUCUAAAGCAUUUUUCUGGAAAGGAAAAGGCACUUAAUUCCAAUAUAAUUAAAUCUAACCUCAGAAAAAUUUGUUGCUAGACACUUAGGAACAUCAAAUUAUGGACUAGAGCCAAUAAAAUAAUAUCAAAUUAUGGACUAGAGCCAGUAAAAUAAUACUGGUAUAAGACACUUCGGUGGCACGUAUUUAAUAAUGUUCAAACCAGCUAAUUAAUGCAGUAUUUUUGUGCCAGGGUAGGUGGUUGCCUUUCCCCUCUCAACUGCUGUGAUGCCGUCUGGCAUUUUUACUUGGGUUUUACUCUCCUUUAAUUGCCCUGCAUUUAAUCUUCCCAAGGAAAUGCACGACUUUUCUUUUUCCCUUUGACUCAAUGCUGCUUGGUAGCAAUAGUGCCUGAUGAAAAGUGGAUUUAUACAAUACUGUUUUUCUCCAAGAUUAGAAAACCACUGUCACUCAGUUUAGUGUUCCUGUGUGCCUAGGAUAAUUCUAGAAAAUUCUUUUUUAAGAGCUAAACAUAAUUUUUCCAGCCAGGGCAUCCUCAGCGCGUUUGGGCUGGAGCAGCAAUCCCGCGUGCUCGCCUGGAGGACGCAGGUGUAGCACUGACUUCUGUUCAGGGUACUUCUAUUUCAAGGGAAAGAAUCUUUUCCGCAUUAUUUCAGCACCAGCUGUGGGAAGUACUAUGUCUGCUUUUAUUUUCCAAACUUCAACUUUGUUUUUUUGAAAAGAGAGGUUAAAUUUUUUUCAUGAUAUUUGGCCAUUAUGAAUAUCCAGGCCCCAUGGUUCACAGAUACCAUCCCUUGGAUUAUUUGACAAAAUAUCAAUAGGGAGAACAUUGUGUGAGGAAGAAUUAAAAAUAUUGUCCAUACUUAAUUACCUUUUUUUUGGCUGCCAACUAUCCAAACUCUUGGGAAGGUAAAUCAGGAACUCCAAAGUUCCGUGGGAAUGGGUGCUUGGAAUGCAAAGAAAUCACUGAGGUAGAUUUUGGAUAAUAGUAAGACAGCUUCCUACCGGUGAGGUAGGAAGAGAUUUUGUUACGCUUUCUCAGUCUCAACACUGUUGACAUUUUGACCUGAAUAACAGCUUGUUGUGUGGGGCUGUCCAUCCAUUGUAGGAUUUUUAGCACUCCCCCUGGCCUCUCCUUACUGAAUGCAUAUCCCCACCAGCUGUGACAAUGAAACGUGUCUCCAGACAUUGUCAUGUGUCCCCUGGUGGCAAGUUUGCCCCUAAUUCUGAACCCCUGACUUAAGCGUAAUUGAGGGAUAUUAUUGACAAAGUCCUUCUAGAGCCCAAUAUCCCCGUGAAUAGAAUCAAUUCUGCAGAAUUCACUCAUUAAAAAUUACUUUUAAGACAAGAUCAAAUGAUUCAUAAAAAUUCCAGUAGUCUACAUAGAAAGUUUGGACAUUUAAAAAUAUAUAUAAUUUGGAAAAAAAGACCUUACAAAUCUGAUUAUACAGAUCAGUUAAUAGAACAAUGAAUGAAAUGGAGAAAAAAGCAUUUACUCUUUGUGCUGCGAUGAUCUCUUCAACUCAUGAAUAUCCUCAGUUGAUGAACCCACCAUAAAAGGAGACCAUAUACUAUCAGUAUAAUUGACUCUUGGGGUUAAGGUGUUUAAUUCGCCACCAAUUUUAAAGUUGACGAUGUUUCUUUUUCCUGGUUCCUGACAGUGACUGGCUCAGAAGUUAAAAAAAAACAAAAACUUUAUUGUUUAUGGCUAACUUAAUCCUUUGCCACAUCAUAACCCUAUUUUCCCCAAGAGUACAAAAUACAGUUCCUGCUUUUAAAUAUAUCUUCACACUCUUGCAAUAAAAAACUGCAAAGAGAAGGCUGGUUUAGAAAAGAACACGGCAACACAACGUGAUUUGAGUUGAAUUUAGACAAGUAAUGACCACGGACUGAAUGCCUUUUCUAUAGCUCUGUUGUUUUCCUGAUAAACUCGCCUGUUUGUGCUUCUGAGUAGAUUUGGGUGUGAGCAGCCCCAGGAAGAAAUGGAAGUUACUGAUUUGGGAAACUGGCGGCUCAAAUGGAACUUGCAUCAGACACUGACUGACCCUGACUGGAAUCUAAAUGUUUCUAUGAAUUUUGAGUCUAGUUAAUGACGGUGUGUCAUUUUCUGGAGCUUCCUUUUGACGUGUUUUUUUUUUUUCUGGACCUUACUGUUUACAUGGAACUUUCAUGAUUGUUGUUAAAUGGAUCAACCAUCUGCUCUUGCUACAGAGCCAGGCCAGAGACACUGAACCCGCUUCGAAUGCUAAUGAGAAUCAUCCAUAAAGGACGGUGAUUUUCAGGGGACCCCUUCCUGGAGCUCUGAAGUUAUGUUACAGUAUUGUGGAGUUUUGUUGCUGAAAGUCUUCCUUCUGUCCUCACUGACGAUUUUGCCAAAGUGUAAUUGUCCCAUUUGGGGGAAUUAUUAGAACUCUAAGAUGUAAAGUUUAAAUAGCUCACUAGUGGCACGCGAAGUCCCCCAACAAUGUAUGCACAUAUGCACACUUUUAAAAGCAGAGGCGGUUUAAUGGUGCUGUAAAUAAAAAUUUUUAAAAA